AGUAGAUAUUUGAAUCAGCUAUAACACGGAUGGAUUAGCGAAAUAAGUCUUGGAUUUAAAAAAAAAUAAAAUCAUGGACACAGUGAUAGAUAAUCCAUGGGCGGAUAGUCGGCGAAGAGCCGAUGAAACAAGUAAUGCAUCAAUGGAACUGCAGAGAUUACCCGUUACACCAAGCAAAGCUGUUUUAGUUCAAAAGGCUAAAAAUAAGUUUGUCAUGUUAAAAAUACUGAGGGAACUGAGCAACGCUGAACCGGAUACAUUGCAACAAAGAAAAAGAGGAAUGCAGGAGGUAGGGAAAACUAAGUUUGAUGUUGUUUGUAAAGCAGCUGUUUAGGCUAGUUUUCGGGCGUCUCUGUUUUUUUUAUGUUUACUAUCUAAUUUGUAUACGAGGGCGUCCGGAAAGAAGCGUCUAAAACGGUCGAGCGCGUCAGAGGCUAUCAGUAAGAUUGCAGACAUGGAACGAACUAGUUUACUCGCAGGAGAUACGGAUGAAAUGGACGAUAGAAGAACUAACAGCACAAGAAUCUCAAAAAACAGAAAAGCUGCCGUCGUCCCUAAAUUUAUUAUUCUUCAUUAUUCUCCAUUUAAAGCUGUGUGGGAUUGGAUAAUUCUAUUGGUUGUGCUAUAUACUGCAGUAUUCACACCUUAUGUAGCAGCAUUCCUAAUUAACGAAGAUGAAACGAGGAACAAACUCAACAAGGAUUCCGGUACUCGUGAUGCCCAAAUAAAAAAAGCAGAUCCGCUUGUUUUAAUUGAUCUUAUAGUAGACGUCCUCUUUGGAGCUGAUAUAAUUAUAAACUUUCGAACAACCUUCGUUCAGGACGGCGAGGUCGUGUCUAAUGCUCGUAAAAUAGCUGUUAACUACGUGAAAGGGUGGUUUGUCAUAGAUGCUGUAGCAGCUAUUCCGUUUGACUUGCUGCUCUUUGGUUCCGGAAGUUCGGAUACAAUGACAAUUACAGGCGUUUUAAAAACUGCCAGACUACUACGUCUAUUGAGGGUGGCUCGAAGGGUUGAUCACUAUUCCGAGUACGGAGCUGCAAUGCUGUUCCUUCUUAUGGCUACAUUCACUUUGAUAGCGCAUUGGUUAGCCUGCAUUUUCUACGCAAUAGCAUAUUUUGAACAAACUAAAUUAAAUGAACCUAUUGGAUGGUUAGAUACUUUAUCGCACACUAUGAAUAAACCAUACUCAAAUUCUAGUUAUACAACUGGAGGGCCAGAUAUUAGGACAAGGUAUAUAACUGCCCUCUAUUUUACAUUUACAAGUUUAACUUCCGUUGGUUUUGGCAACGUUGCUCCUAAUACGAAUGCUGAGAAGAUCUUUUCAGUUUUUGCAAUGCUACUUGGUUCUUUAAUGAGUGCCGCGAUUUUUGGUAACGUUUCAAGCAUCAUGCUUCGACUUUAUCAAGGAACAGAAGAGUAUCGAGAAAUGUUAACGAGUAUCAAGGAAUUUAUCAAUUUUCAUCAUAUACCAAAACAGUUGGCUAAUCGUUUAAUAGAAUCCUAUCAACAUACUUGGAGCUAUACGAACGGAAUCGAUAUGAACAGCGUGUUGAAGAACUUUCCCGAUUGUUUACAAGCCGACAUUUGCCUUCACUUAAACAGGAAGUUACUGCAUAAUUGUGCUGCAUUUUCUGCAGCAUCACCCGGUUGCCUUCGGGCUCUGUCUCUCAAGUUCAAAUCCACCCAUGCUCCGCCCGGCGACACCCUCAUCCACCCUGGUGACAUUUUGGAGUCAGUCUACUUCAUUGCUCGGGGUUCUAUAGAAAUUCUAAAGGAUGAUGUUGUUAUGGCCAUUCUGGGAAAGGAUGACAUGUUUGGAGAGAACGUUAAGAAAACUUGGCAAGAAAGAUCUAAAUCAGAAAUUGGUAAAUCUAAUUAUUGCGUAAGAGCCUUGAGCUACUGUGAUCUUCACAAGAUCCAGUUGGAUGAUUUAAAGGAAAUACUCUACGUGUAUCCAGAAUUUGCCGGCGACUUUCUCGACAAAUUUCGAGUCACCUUCGAUCUAACUGACGAUAAAUCCUUUGGUUCUCCGUUUCUACAAUUAAAUAAGACAAUUGAUGAUGAAACGCUAAAGUUUAUUCGCCAGAAACGACCUCGUUUACAAUGUCGAAGUCCUGGCUCUUCAUUAAAUGCAGGGAAAUCUCAAUCUCUAAAGAAAGACAGUCCUUCGAAUCACGUUUCACCAAAUCCAAUAAAAUCCGAAACCGAAUCAUCUUCUCCUCCUCCUCCUCUUGUUUCUCCAAGCACCGAAUCUGACUUGAUGGUCAUAGACGAAAGACUCGGUAACCUUACAGCUAGAAUGGACGGGUUAGAAAAACGUCUAUUUACCACAGUUGAUGAUAUUUUAAAACUGUUAGGAGAAACGCCGAAAUUUCAGGGUGUUUGUUCCGAUCCUAGACCGAAUAAUAUUCAGUUCUCGUAGGUGCUAACAUGUUUUCUGUUUCUUUUUUUAUUAUUAUUCUAAACUGCUUAAGAAUUAGGUGAAUUAAAGAGAAGAGAAAAAAUAACGUUAAAAAAAAAUAGAAGAAUCUACCAGAGAUCUUUUGAUUUUGAUAAGAGAUAUAACACAUUACUAAUAAAUUAAAAAAAAUGUUACUAUUCUCUCUAGUAUCUGUCCAUCUAUAUAUCUAUCUAAAUAUCUAUCUGUCCUAUUAAUAUCUCUCUACUUUCUUUCUCUAUACAAUGGUUGAUGAAACAAGAAAAUUUAUGCAAAGCUAUGCCAACUAUUAAUAAAAGUUAAGAUAUUAUAUUAAACUAGUUUAUAUUUUUUUUAAAUAAAUAAACUGUUUUAAUA